UGCAAACCAUCCCGAGCGGGAGAAACAACGCACAGGUGCGUGUCCGCCACAGUACGUACUGGCCGCAGCGUGCGUUGUGUGCGAGCCCAAGUGAGUGGUGAGUCAGUUUCGGCAACUGGCAAGGCGCUGGUGCGUGCGCGUGUCGGUAGAAUCCCUAUUUUUUUAAAAAAAAGACGGUGCGUCCACCAGUGAUUCCCAUAGAUGAAGUUCGCGUAAAUACAUAUGUAUAGGCGAUAAGGCUCACGCGUAGAUUGAGCAUGGUGAACAUCGUCUACACAGGACUGGUGCUGCUCGCGUGAGCGUCCCUUACGCCUUGAUGAGCCUGGUUUUAAAAUCUUCCCGGUUGAUCGAGUGUUACGCCAUCAGGUACGAUCAUCUCAGAUCAUCAUCUUAGAGACACUGCUAACGUCCAUCAGGAAAGUGCCGAUGAGUCUAAUGUCCGCACUGUCGAAUGAAACCUGUCGCCUCCGGGCGAAUCAGUCAGACAGUGGCGGCGGUUGGCGGAAUGAGUCCACGCCACUGCCUGACGAUGAACCGGACGAGUCCGAGUCGAGCCUUAACCUGCCGUACGCACUGCUGGAAGCGACCGUCGCCCUGAUGGCCAUCUUCGGCAAUACGCUGGUGAUUGUGGCGUUCAAAACGGAGCGCCGCUUACGGAGGCGUACCAACUUCUACAUCGUAUCGCUAGCGUCAGCCGAUCUGCUGGUCGGCACCUUAGGCAUCCCGUUUGCGAUACUGGCUUCGAUCGGUUUGCCACGGAAUCUGCACGCCUGUCUGUUCACCAUCUCACUGCUGGUGGUGCUGUGCACGAUCUCCAUCUUCUGUCUGGUGGCGGUGUCGAUCGAUCGGUACUGGGCGAUCUUGCAUCCGCUCGCCUACUCACGCAACAUGCGCACUAAGACGACACUGUACAUUAUCAGUAUGUGCUGGCUGGUUGGUUCAAUAAUUGGGUUUCUGCCGCUGUUCGGAUGGCACGAGGAACCGGCCGAAGAGGCGUGCCUGUUUGUGAAGGUGAUGAACUACGACUAUCUGGUGUUUCUGUAUCUCGUCACGAUUAUCAUACCCGCCGUACUGCUGCUGGCGUUCUACAUCCAUAUCUAUCGCGUUAUCGUUAGACAGCGCAAACAGAUCCUGUCGGUCAAUUCUAUCGACAGUCGACAGUUUUCCUCUACCCUGGCGAGUGUGGACGAUGGUGGGCCCCAGUCGAGCAAACGUCGCACGAAGAAGGACAACUACAAUGGUACGAUGUUGCGCGUGCUGCGUGCCGCCCAGAACCGUGAGGUAAAGGCAACCCAGAACCUGUCCAUCAUUGUGCUGUUCUUCAUGAUCUGCUGGAUGCCGCUCCACACCAUCAACUGUAUAGUGGCGUUCUGUCCCCAGUGUCACAUACACGCACCCGUCAUGCUGUUCGUCAUAACGCUCUCGCAUCUCAACUCGGCACUGAACCCGUUGCUGUACGCGUACCAUUUGAAGGAUUUUCGUGCAGCGCUCAAGAAGCUGAUCCUGUCGAUCUUUGGUAUCAAACCGACAGCACCACAGCCGACCGAGUGUGUUAACUGCAUCUCAACCCUAGCGCAACAGCAACAGCAACAGCAUCAGCAACUGUUUCACGUACCGUAAACGCGCUGUGCUCGAACUUACUCAACUUGUGCUUGUGCCUUCGAAUGUGUUACUGUUCGGCCGCGUGAUAGAUGUAGCUAGUAGGGGUGGCCAAACCCUGACGAAUGUGCCAUGUAAUCGAUGUGCCUGAAGAAACUGCAGACAAUCAGCACUGGGUGUUCACUAGUAGUAGCUUGCUAGGACCAAUCUGCACUGAACGUACGCGUAGUAAUGACAUAUCAAUAAGUGCUUCCGUGUGCUAAAAAGCGGUACCGUGGAGAAGCUAGUUAUAUUUAUAUCGAGAUAUUUUAGUAUAAACUUUUACAUGUACACGGCCUUCUUUUUUGCUCGCUAUGGUGUAUGUGAAAGCAGACAAAAUAAAUAUUCCAAGAAGCUUUCGUCGAACAA